AUGCCCUAUAACAAAUCAGAAUCAGAGUCAAAGUCAAGAUCAGAUGAUGAAUUGGACUACCUGGAUUGGGAAGAUGAUGUUGGUGUUGUGGCACAACAAGCACAUAAACAAAGCAGUUUAGAUAGCGGGAUGGACCAAACUAUCCAGCUACAGUUGCAACAUGUACAAGAACAACAAUCAGGAACUGCCACCACCACUUCCACCACUGCCACUACCACUUCCACCACUGCCACCACCACUUCCACCACUGCCACCACCACUUCCACCACGUAUCAAACGCGAAUCCAUAUACCUACACAUCACGAAAUGAACUUUGAAGAGUUAAAGACUUAUAUUUAUCCUACAAACUUGGAAGUGCGGGAUUAUCAAUUUAGCAUUGUUAGAUCAGCAUUUUAUCAUAACCUAUUAGUAGCUUUGCCUACGGGGUUGGGAAAAACUUUUAUUGCCUCAACUGUUAUGCUAAACUUUUUGCGGUGGUUUCCAAAGUCUAAGAUUGUGUUUAUGGCACCAACAAAGCCGUUGGUGGCGCAACAAAUCAAAGCAUGCUGUUCCAUAACCGGUAUUCCCGCGAGCAAAGUAGCAAUUUUAUUGGACGAAACUCGAAAGAAUCGUGGUGAGAUAUGGAACUCGCGACAGGUGUUUUUCACCACGCCUCAAGUUGUCGAAAAUGAUUUGGCUUUUGGACUGGUGAAUCCCAAAUCGAUUAGUUUGUUGGUGAUUGAUGAGGCACACCGAGCGAGAGGUAAUUAUUCAUACAAUAAUGUGGUAAAUUUUCUUAAACGAUUCAAUGAUUCAUUUCGAAUAUUAGCGCUUACAGCCACUCCAGCAGCGGAUGUUGAAGGUGUCCAAAACGUUAUUGAUAAUUUAAUGAUAUCAAAGGUGGAAGUGCGCACAGAAGAUAGUGAUGACAUUGUAAAAUAUAUGAAGACCAAAAAGGUUUGUAGGAGAGUUCUUGCAGUGCUGGAUGAGAUUCGAGAGUGCAUUGAUUUGCUUGCCACUGCAGUGGCUCCAGUAUUGAAAUCUGCAAACGAAAAGGGCCUUUUAGAUGUAACAGAUCCUACUAGAAUUAAUGCUUUUAAAUGCAUGGAAGCAUCACGACGACUCUUGGCAAAUAAAAAUGUUCCCGAAGGUCUUAAAUGGGCGCAAUAUUUCAUUUUGCAGUUAUUGGGUACGGUGGGCCAGUGCUAUAGACGGUUGAACAUUUAUGGGGUUAAUUCGUUCUAUAGCUACUUUCAGGAGAAGCACAAGGAAUUUACUGCCAAAUGGAAUAGCAAGAAAUCGAAAAACAAGUUGAAUGCGGAUUUUUACUUCAGUGAGCCCAUAAAGAAGCUUUUGGAAGCACGUGAAAAGGUCAUUUCAAAUCAAGCUUAUAGUCAUCCAAAGAUUGAAGCCUUGAUGGAAGAGCUUGAAGAUUUUUUUCAAGCAAAAGACACCAGCUCGUCGCGAGUCAUUAUUUUUACAGAGUUUCGAGAGUCUGCUUUAGAAAUAGUAAAAGCGAUUGAAAAUGCCAAAAAUGGUAGCAAACCACAUAUUUUCAUUGGUCAGGCAAAGGAGAAGGAUAAGUUUGAUGAGGAGAAUUUUGGCAAAAAGAAGAAAAACCUGAAAGGGAAGCAGGGUAAAGGCAAAAAUAAGGAGGAAGAAGAUAGAGUGGCAGCACGAAGUAGCUCUGAGAAAGCUCAGAUUAGCGGGAUGAAUCAAAAAUUGCAAAAAGAAAUCAUUAGACAGUUCAAAAAUGGCGAUUAUAAUGUUUUAGUGGCGACCUCCAUUGGAGAAGAAGGUCUUGAUAUUGGAGAAGUUGACUUGAUUGUGUGUUACGACUCUACAUCCUCCCCAAUAAAAAAUAUUCAGCGAAUGGGUAGAACUGGUCGUAAGCGUGAUGGAAAAGUUGUACUUCUUUUUUCCAGCAACGAAGAGAUGAAGUUUGACAAGGCCAUGGCCGGGUACCAGUAUAUACAAAACCAUAUAAUGCAGGGCGAUUUGAUAACGCUUUACAACCAAAAUCGUAUACUUCCUCAGGAGUUUACUCCCGAGGUGGUACGCACAAAGAUUGAAAUUCCCGAAGAGAAUAUGAUUAUCAAAUGCGAAGAUGACGAGGACGAAAUUAUUCGUAUAGCUACCCAGUACAUGUUAGGUAAUACGCCAAAAUCGCCUGCAAGAAAGGCAGCAAAAAGCACAAGCGGCAUAAAAGGAACAAAAGGAACGAAAGGAUCUACAAGCAAGAAAGGAUCAAGCAAAUUGAAAGCUGAAAAACCACAAAAGAGAUUUUUCAUGCCUGAUAAUGUUGAAACAGGUUUUCAAACAGUAGGCAAGAUGCUCAACGAGGGAACUCGAAGUAGUGAAGUGAAUCAACACUCAGAAAGCGUACUUUUAGAACCUCAAAUACAUCCUAGAAAAACAAAAACAGUACUCGACAAAUUGAUUGACUCUGGGAGCGAUGAUGACGAUGAUGACGAUGAUGAUGAACAAGGAAUCUUGUCUUCUCCGUUUCAUCCGGCAGAUAAAAACUCAUUGCCAAAGUCUUUCGACAAUCAAAACAAGAUAGAGCAUACAAGCCAGCAAAACAGAAAUAGCAACACCAACAACAGUGGUAACAACACUAACAACACUAACAACACUAACAACAACACCAACAACAGUGAUAACAGCACCACCAACAACAAUAAUAGUAUCAACGAGCAAGAGGGAGAAGAAAACGCAACAGGAAAUUUUACUCGUACUCCAUCCACUUCAUUUAUGGAUACUCAUGAACUUGAACCAGCCUCAAAGAAAUCGUCUGGGCCUGUGGUUGCGCAACCUAUCAUUGGAGAUAUACUUGACGAUAGUUUUUCCUUCAGUGAUGAUGAUGACGAUGAUGAAAUACCGGAAAUUGAUCCUAAAGAGCCUUCGGCAAUACCUCAUAUAAAGUUUGAUUAUCAGAAGGGCCACUCCAAAACUUUAGGUAUACCUCAUAAUCCCAUAUUGCUUGAAAAAAACAUACCAAAGAAACGAAUGCUAAUUGAUGAGAAUGAACAAUUCUACCCAGCGCUUAGCACAGACGCCAAGAGUCAGAACAAUUGUGUGCACCCUCAGGUAAAGAAAAAGAAAAAGAUGUCGCUUGGUGUCAAGCGGAUCACAAUACCAAGUGAUUCAUCACACCUGAAACAGUUGUGUAAUGUCCCUUUGAAAGAAAAUGGUCAAGUUCAAGAGAAGUUAGUGCGCAAAGAGGCUAAAGAGGAUUCUUUCAGAUCAACUGAUAUGGAGGAUCCAUUUGAUGAUGAUUUGGAUGAGGUGAUUGCGAAUUAUACAUCGGCGCGGCGUCUGCAAUAA